GAAACGUUUGUGCACUGAUAUUGCUCCUCGGUUUUACUUAUUUAAUAGAGCUUUGCGGUUGGCAUCUGGAACUUGGCAUUUUUGGAACGCGCGUCACGGCGGUACCGUCUACUACCUCACUAUACUUUCCUAAGCACAUGUGCUAGCAAGGCCAAAGGUGUAGCGGACGUCACCUCUCAGCAUGUUUAAGGACCUUUAGGGACCUUCUUGACCUCUCGUGUGUCAAUCCUAUCCGCACGGUGCUGCACGCACCCGUAUAUGACUCUUCGGCGUGCUACGUCUCGUUAUGUCAAAGCAACGGUCUUCGGCGCGAGGUAUGAACUAUGAGGACAGCGGAGGCAGCAACACCAGCGGCACCUCAGCCGCAGGUAGCCUUCCGAGCUCCCUCAGGUCUCGCAUGCGGCGGCUGCCGGCCGACGCGGAGCGCAUGCUGUCAGGCCACACUGUUAACGGGUUGCGGCAGGAGGGGAGGAAAAAAUCCAUAAUGGAUAACCUCUUUGAAGUUUCGAAGUUCAUCCAGUCACCUCCGGCUCCAUACACCCGUGCAGCCGUUGCAGCAGCGGUGCUGGCCGACGCCGCGGUUCGCAGCGCGCUGCUGCGGUUGCUGGCAGCCAGGUUGCGGCUAGCACCGGACCAGCUGCAGUCCGACCCUGCCAGGAAGCGCCUGGCCUUGGUCAUCUCUUUUCCGCUCGUUGUAGGAGCCGUUGAUUCGGUUCUGCUGCACGCGACACACCCUGCUCCGCCACAAGUCGCCGACUUCGCACUCAAGCUGCUGCGCAUGCAGACACUGCAAGCGCUCUGCCGCGAGAUAGCUACGGUUGCGGCGCACCCUCCAGCCGCCCAAGCCAACCAGGGGGCGCCAAAUGGGCUGCAGGUGCCCCCUGAGCGGCGAGCCCGGGAACUGCAGGUCAUCUCCACGGAUGCUGCUUUCGAGGCCUGUCACAUGGUGUUCGCAAUGGCAUCGUUUGCCAUUGGUCAAUUCGUUGCGAACGGAGCAUCCUCUAUUUCAGAGGACCGCUGGCGCGCCCUGGACAUAGCUCAGUUCUACUGCUUCGAGCUGGCAGCCGCCCUGCGAGACAGCGGCGUUCUGGAGCAGGCGGCCAAGCAGCUGCUGGUGGCGGAGGAAGCGGGGACCCUGGCGCUGCUGCGACAUGCACGCAACCCGACAGACGUCGGCGAGGCUUUCACAGAUGCCUUUAUCAGCAUCAAUAUGCUUGCGGAGGCCGUCGCGGACCUGUCUACUGUACGCAUAGCUGCGGCAGAGGCCACGGCCGCCAUGCUGAGAGAAGUGCUGUCGGGUCGCUGUGCGCAGCACGCGGCUGUCGUACACGGCCUGGCGGCGCUGUGUACGGCAGACGGGGGUCCGUCGUACAGCUUGCCAUCGGAGCUGCUGGCUCGCGUCCCUGUCAGCUUCACUGGGCGCACCGUGUGCCAUGCAGCACGGCCCUGCAGGGUACUGCAGGGGAAGGCCCUUAUCGCCGCACUUCACGCCCUUGGUUCGGCCUUUCGGGCCCCCCCGCCGCCGGGCCGGCGCGCAUCCCUGGCCCUCAUGAAGCGCAUAUCUCGCCUGGCGGUGGCGUCGGGGCAGAUCUGGGCUGACGAGGCGAAGGCAACACCGGGAGCAGCAGCAGCCGCAGCAUCGUCCGCUUCUAGCGGGGGCGGCAGUGCAGCGGAGGCACCUGCUGCUGGCAUGAGUUUUGCCGCCAUUCUGGAAUCGAUUUCCGUGGUGGAGGCUAUCCUGCUGACGCUGCAGGGCUCCCGACGCUUGUUGGGUUCCCCGCAGGCUGGCGGCGCUCAGGAGGCUGCGCAGUGGCGGCAAGAGGAGGGGUCGGAAUGGUGGCGGCUGGUGGGGGGGUUUGUUCGGCAUGCGGCGCACUUGGCGAGGGAGGCCGAGUUGAAUCGGUUCGCGACCCAGGUGGUGGACGCAUUCUCGCUGGCCUCCCUGGAGUUCGUGGUGGAAGAACCGCUGAUCCUUCCGGCCGCACCGCCGCCCAGUGUGGCAGCGGCCCUGGCGGGCGGCUUCCUGCCCUGCCUGGAGCGCCUGCUGAGGCGGGCAGGGAAGAAACCCGUCGGUAGCCCGGAAGCAGUGCUGACUCAUCGCCUGCUGGCCAACCGCGAGGUACGGCUGUGGCUUCCAGCGCUGCUGGUGUACGGCGAGGAACGGCAGGCGGCCGCACUGGUGGUUACCAUAGGGAAACUGAUGCGGCAGAUGGACCCAUGGGACGUCACAGUCACCCAUCACACGGCCAGCUUUGCGGCAUGCCGCUUCCUGUGUAUCGCGGUUCGCGCCUUUGGUGGCGCGGAGACGCCCUUUUUGGGCGCUGCGGGUGCCACCGGGGCCCCCGCACCCCUCCGGCAGCUGCUUCUCAUGGCGUCGAUCGCGCAGUGUGAGUGGCUGCAGCCGCUGUCGCGACUGGUGCAGAACGCGUCACGGCGCCCGGACUUCCGUGCCUCCAAUCGGUGGGUUGCCGACGUGCUUGGAAAGCUCCUGGAGUGGACACACGUGCUUUCAUUCCGCUGCAUGUGGGAAGCAGGCAUGACCGAGGGGGCCUUGCCGGGCAGCCGCAGCCGCUCCCAGCUGGGUGGUUCGGGCACCUCCGCCCCCACCAAGGAAGGCGGUGACGGCGGCUGGCGGCGGCUGCUGCUGGAGGAGCUGGACGUCGUACGGCUGCUGGGAGCCUGCCUGCUGAUGCCGGAGUCGAUCCGCAACCUGCCGCACCUGGUGAUGUGCUUGUGUUGCGGAAUCACGCUCUUUCCAGAGCAGGUACGGCAGGCGGCGGUGGCGGGGGGACCCGGUGGGGGAUGGCGGUCGGAGCGGCUGCUUGCACUGGUACCGGAGCUGCAGGAGGCCGAUGAGGAGGCGGAUGCAGAGGGCGCGAGCGACGACUCCGUGGGGAUGGCCCCGGUUGCAGAGGCCAUAGCAGAGCAGCUGGAGCGCUGGCGUGCUGAAGCGAAGGGCGCCGGUGGCCCUUCCACCGCCGCCAGCAGCAGCAGGGGCCAGGGGCCAAUGGAGGAGGAGGACGAUGAUGUUUUGGCAUGGAUGCGCGCGGUGCUAAGAUUGUCGAUGCAGGAAUGGUUUGGGGGCGUGGGGACGGCCCUGGUGUCGCCGGCGGAGCUGCGGUUGCGGGGGCUGGUGCGGGGCUGCGGCAACCCGGGGUGCACCAGCCUGGCGGGGGACAGCGAGGCGGAGGUGAAGCUGAUGAAGUGCGGGCGGUGCGGGACGGUGGGGUACUGCUGCCGGGAUUGCCAGGCAGCGCAUUGGAAGGCGGGGCACAAGGAGGCAUGUAGGCAGCGGUGUGAGGGUUGAGGGGAGCCAUGGGGCUUUGGGGGUCUUUGCGGGUGAGUGCUGGCAAGGUGCUGUGAGGGCAGGUGCCGGUACUGGUGGUGUUAAGAAAACUGGCCGCGGGUAGGAACGUAUUGGGAUGUCGUAAGGUGAUGCCCCCACCAAAACGCCACGGCGGACGGCACCCGAGUGGCGGUGUAUGGGCCUGGGGGGUGUUUGCGUGCACGUGGCGGUGAAGAGGAGGAAGGCAACCUACCGCAUGGUGGUGGUGGCAGUGUUGCGGGAACAUGUGUUGCGGCCUUGCGGGAACAUGCUGACGGGUCGGCUGGACGAUGGGAGGGGCCAGUGGCGCCGCCUUUGGGGUGCAGGGGUGGGGGCUAAGGGGGGUGCAAGGCUGGGUGGUCAAAGACCAUACCGAACCAUAGGAAGCCACAGGUUGGGGCAAGACAAUGGGGAUAGGAGCGGCAGGGUGCCACAAAAACAAGUAUGGCUGGGUAGGGGGGUGCGCAGGAUGACAGGGUGCCUACAUGGGACAUGGGGUGCCAGCUUUCUCAGUGGCAGGAAUAGGGCGUAGAAUUGCUCUUCAGGAUGCGCGCCAGGGCGGGAUUGGAAACAGGUGGGAUGUGGGAAAGGUGCAUGCAUCCGCAACCGGGGGUGUUCAGUGUUACACUGCAGCAGGAGGUUACGAUGGUGGGCGUGCAUCGCGGGGGCGCAUCGUGGGCUGCUUGCAGGCUGUCCGCUAGGUGCUUUCUACUAGACUUCUUCCGCUUCUAGACACACCUGUGCACAUGCAGCUUUGCGUGGGUUCUGGACUCAAAUGGCUUGGGUAAGAUGGCGAGAAUGCAGUACAAUGAAAGAAUAUGGGGCACCUAUAAAGCUAAGGGCAGGCACGUUGCGUUUGCUGCUGCGGGCGUGCUGGUCGUUCUCGCAAGCGGGUUUCCAUCGUCACUUGGUCACUCGGUUUGCCGCAGCCUGCCAUAGCCUCUUGCUGUUUGGCUUGCACAUUCAGGUUCCCCCUGGCUCAGGUAGUAGGCAGUGAAACCACAUAGUCUGCUGUCAUUUGCUUGCGGGUGUUGGGUCGGAUCAAGUCGCUCUUUUACCCUUACUGCAUGAUAGUAAUGGUACUGUGUGCGCCAGAUGGGAUACAACGGUUUCACGGGCAGGCGAAUGGGGGUAAUGGAUUCAACACCGUUUUGCUGUGGGUGUGAUUAGCGCAGGUCUGAGUGGCACGCUUGGGCGGAUGUGUCGGGUUGGGCCAGGCUGGGCUUUAGUUUAAUGUAUGGUAUCAGACGCUUGUUUGGCAACCUGUUGCCGCUGGACCAUAGCAAGUACGCUAUUCCUGCGCAUUAGACAAAUACCCAUCGAGGCUCUACCCAUCAUGCGAGAGGCGAC